AUGUCGACUAGAUAUACUAGAACGGCUGAUAAAAGCUUAAAUGACAAACACACGCGGAUACUUAAAGACCUCUUGCAGAAGUCUGCAAACAAGUACUGUGCCGAUUGCAAGCGUAAAGAUCCUCGAUGGGCAUCUUGGAAUCUAGGCAUCUUUGUAUGCAUUCGUUGCUCUGGAGUUCAUCGUUCCAUGGGAACACACAUCAGUAAAGUUAAAUCGGUGGACUUGGAUACAUGGAUACCUGAGCAGAUUGAGAGUAUGAUUAAAUGGGGAAACGAGCGUGCAAACGUAUACUGGGAGGCAAACUUGAAGGAGAAAACACCUUCUGAGAGUAACAUAGAUCAAUGGAUCCGCUCAAAGUACGAACAGAAGAGAUGGGCAAUGAGAGGCUCGAUACCUGACCCCAGUACACUUGGUGGACAAAACGAGGAAGAGGUAAUAAUCUUAGAAGAAGAAGAAAAGGAAGAAGAAUAA